ACCGCGUACAUCGCAACCCGAUGAUCUUUACACAUAGGAUGUAAUUUAUUCUGUUUUGUUGCCAGUCCGAAUUGCCUGAAGCCAUCAGAUAAAUGCUGAUAUGAUCAAUGCCGUGUGGACUCUGUCUUAAAGUCUCUUCAUUUUCACGAUUGUUUUUUUUUAAGUUUAAUUUUUAAAAGUUGCCACUUAUUCAGUUUUGUACAAUUAUCUGCCUUUUGCGAGGAUGGAGGAGUGUGUUCUGCCGGAGUUAAAGGAAAUAGAGAUCAAGAUGGGACGCAAGAUUCCCGAAAGCCUGCUGCGAUCACUGAGAGAGGAUCGGCUGGGCCGGCGCAAAGACGAUAAUGUAACUCUUUCUACCUCAAGCAUAUUGAGUGACUCCAGCACGUUGCAGAAGCUGGAGACCAAGAUUCAGAUAUUGAAACUAGAGAUGGCUCAUCUCAGGGCAAUCGAUGUCAAGUUGAUGCAUCAGCUAUUAUCUAUCAAUGAAGGUAUUGAAUCUAUCAAGUGGAUGAUGGAGGAGAAAGGCAUCAUGGCCAGCAGGGAAAGCAGCUUGGCAAGUAGCCUGUACAGCUUGGUGGAAAGCCAGAGCACUUCGCUCCAAGGCAGUUGGAACAGUUUGCAAGAUGGCAGUGAUGGACUGGAUGCAAUAUCAGUGGGAAGUUACCUGGACACACUGGCUGAAGACUUGCCAGGUCACUGUACACCCUCAGACUUAGAUCCUUUCUCGGACGGGUGUGGGACAACAGAUUCACUUAACAGUGAAUCUAUCAAUAAGGAAUCCAAAGACGACUCUGAUGAUGGAUAUUAUUGUUUUGGAUAAAUUACAUGGAACCAAGAAGAUAUUUGCUUGUAUUUACUGACAGCUUUAUAAAGUUAUUGUUCAGCUUCCCAUUAUACAGCUGCUGCCUGGGAACAUGUAACAGGCAGCUAUUCCAAUACCACCCAUUUUACAAUCUCCGUCAAAGUCAAAUUUUCUGCAUUAAGGUUUUGGUACCUUGGUAAAUUCAGUGCUUGCGACGCUGUCAUCAAGUGUAUUUUAAAACCUUAGGGUAGAACUCAUUGCAAUCUGGGUGGAACUGGUUAAACCGGUACAAAAGAUCAGGGUAUUUUAAACAUAAACAAGUUACACCCAAAACCACUUAUGCCCGUGUUACUAUUAAUCUUUAAUAUUAGUUCAAGAUUCAAUGUGCCCAAAUCAGGCUUCACCCUUGCCAGCUUGAAAUUGUAAGGUUUUGCCAGUUGUGCUGGUUGGAGGAAACUCUUCAAAUUGUUCUUAUAUUCUUCGGCGUACAGGUAUUAGUAGGCACAUUUUAAAAGUCUUCACAAAAUAUUAAACUGACCAGUGUACAUCAAUGAAGCUACUAAAUG